AUUUAGUAAUCGAGCAGCACUCGAGGUGUUCGCGUCGGUGUGUCGGUUGUCCCGAGUGCCCUUACGUUCGGUAGUGUGAUAAUUGUCAGGUGUUUGUGAUUUUAUCAAAAUUAUAUGGAAUUAAAGCAGUAAGAGCACAUUUCACCAAAUUAUUCAGGAUAACUUGUUUCAUGGUUAAUCAGGAAAUUCGUGCAUCAUAAAGGAUAUGAAGAUAAACUGGCCUGCACCAACUCCGCCGUCUUCAGCGCCGAAACAGGACACAAGUAAACAUUAUCACAUAUUUGUUGGAGACCUAAGUCCGGAGAUAGAAACGCAAACAUUAAGAGAUGCCUUCGCCCCUUUUGGAGAAAUAUCAGACUGCAGAGUUGUUCGAGACCCACAAACACUUAAAUCUAAAGGAUAUGGAUUUGUAUCAUUUGUAAAGAAAACGGAAGCAGAAAGUGCCAUAACCGCAAUGAACGGACAGUGGCUUGGGUCUAGGUCCAUUAGAACAAACUGGGCGACACGUAAACCACCUUCUACAAAGGCAGAAUUAAAUGCAAAACCUCUAACCUUCGACGAGGUGUACAAUCAGAGUUCGCCCACGAAUUGCACAGUUUAUUGCGGUGGCCUGGGCGGAGGUCUCGCCGGAGGUCUCUCCGAAGAACUUCUGCAAAAGACAUUUGCUCCCUUCGGAAGCAUACAAGAAAUCCGCGUUUUCAAGGAUAAAGGAUACGCAUUUGUAAGAUUUUCGACAAAAGAAGCAGCCACGCAUGCAAUCGUCGCCGUACAUAAUUCAGAAAUAAAUGCUCAGCCUGUGAAAUGCUCUUGGGGAAAGGAAUCUGGGGAUCCUAAUAAUGCAGCUGCAGCCGCCGGACAGGCGCUGACAGGAGCAGGCUUCCCAUUCGGAGCAGCAUACGGUCAACAAGUGGCAGGCUACUGGUACCCACCUGCGCCAGCUGCUUACCCAGCUGCUCCUGCACCUUCCGCCCAACUCCAAGGACAAUUCUUGCAAGGAAUGCAAGGAUACGCUGCCUAUGGCCAAUUCGCCGGAUACCAGCAAGGAUAUAUGGGUAUGGGAAUGGCUCAGCUUCCCGGAGCUUGGCAGGGAGUUCCCGCCCAAGCCCAAUUGCCCACGACGGCGCAGCAAAUCGCCCAAGGUGCCGCCUUGCCGCAAGCAGCCGGUGUUGUCGCUUACCCAAUGCAACAAUUCCAGGCACAAUGAAUGAAGCGCCUUAUUUUGAUACCGAUAUCUUUUCCGCAAAAACUAAACGAGUGUGCAGUUUCCAUGUCGUAGUCGCUUUUGGCCAUAAAUUUGGCUUUGGCCAAAAAUGUAAAUCCAUUUCCAUCGUUGAAAGUUACCCGUACAUCGCCAAUUGUUAAACCAGAAUAUAUUUCAGUGUUAUUUUUGUAUAAAGAUAUUAUGAAUGAGCAUAAAUAUAUAUAUAGUUUAUAUACCAAAAUGAAAAGUUAUCGAAAAUCUGUUGAAAUAUGUAU